AUGUAUCAUCGCGACAGUCCUCCUCCACCGUUGCUAACCAACCAUCUGGUCGGCACUACCGUUUCGUCACUCCAUCGAUUACGAGAUACAAAUAAUACAGAUGGCGGUUUUUUUGUGUUUGGCGACUUGUCGGUACGUAAAGAAGGCAACUACAAACUCCAUUUUAGCCUCUUUGAGAUCGUGGAGGGAUCCGUCCAGAACAGGAAAACUGUCCUGAGCGACGUGUUCAGCGUUUACACAGCAAAGAACUUCCCAAGCCCGUUGGAGACUACAUUUCUAUCAAGGACAUUCUCUGAUCAAGGCGUCAAGAUACGCAUUCGUAAAGAAAACCGGCUACAGACCUCGUAA